UGACAGAGUGUGCGCAUGCGCAGUAGAGUCGGACCUGCUGCUCUCAGCAGCUCUGAGCUUCAUCACCUUUAGUUCAGCUACCUGAAGCACUCAGACAUGAACUGUCACCGUUAGAGGAGCUGUCUGCCUUUACCUGGACCGUAGUGUUCGUCUCUCCGUCAUAACAUUGUAAAAACCAACAGGGCAUGAUGCGGUUCAUGCUGCUUUUCAGCCGUCAGGGGAAGCUGCGCCUGCAGAAGUGGUACACGGCCACGGCCGAGCGCGACAAGAAGAAGAUGGUCCGGGAGCUGAUGCAGAUAGUGCUCGCCCGCAAACCAAAGAUGUGCAGCUUCCUGGAAUGGAGGGACCUGAAGAUUGUCUAUAAAAGGUAUGCCAGCCUGUAUUUCUGUUGUGCAAUCGAAGAGCAGGACAACGAGCUGAUCACACUGGAAGUCAUCCACCGCUUCGUAGAGCUUCUGGAUAAGUACUUUGGCAGCGUGUGUGAGCUGGACAUCAUCUUUAACUUUGAGAAGGCCUACUUCAUACUAGAUGAGUUCCUGAUGGGAGGAGAGAUCCAGGAUACGUCUAAGAAGAGCGUCCUCAAAGCCAUCGAACAAGCGGACCUACUGCAGGAGGAGGACGAAUCACCCCGGAGUGUGUUGGAGGAGAUGGGCUUGGCGUAGUACACGGCAGCAGGGGCGGGGCACAAUCUGGGAUGCUUGGACUGACUGACUGACGGCGUUGGUUCUGUGUAUCUUUGGCUCUGAUGUACGGCGUGUAACUGGGGAAGAGACUCGGUUAAGACUGGAAGAUCCUUGCUUUGACGGGCCCUUUAGCUCUUUGUGUGUGUGUGUGUGUACACGUGUGUGCGUGUGUGUGCGUGCGUGUACAUGUGUGUGUGAUCUGAGUGUGGGGGGGUUGUGUGUUCAGAUUUUUUAAAGGAAUCCAGCUUCCUGACGUUAGAGUCCCAGUGAGGCAGUUACACCGAUGCUUUAACAGUCGAACCUCGUCGUGACGGUUCGUCAGGUACUCAAUGUGAACUGAGACUAGGUCAGGGAUUAAUGGGGGGGGGCGUCACUAACAUGAUAAAUCUGAUGUUAUUAUAUAUUUUUUGCUUUUUCAACAGUUCUCAUUUGUCCAUCAUUCCUACCAGUUACCAUUUAUAACCAAUAGAAUUGAGACUCAUAACUACGACGGAGGGUUAAGGCUACAUUAAGGGGGUAAAAAAAUCUGAGAUUUGAAGAAUAAAGUCGUAAUUUAAUGAGAAUUUCUGACUUUAUUCUCGUAAUAUUACGACUUUUUUUCUCGUAAACUUCUGACUUUAUUCUCGUAAUCUCAGAUUUAUAUAUUUAUUCCUCAAUGUGGCCCUAAUACUCCGUCGUACAUACAGUAACUACCAUCCUCUAGAUGUUCUAAUAAUCCCGAGGUGUUGUCAAAAACAUCUCUGUCAGUACAUUAUUACAAUUAAUCGAACUACACUUGGUGUUCUAAAAACGUCGUAUAGACUUUUCUCAUGAAGACAGAGUUGUACUGUCGGCAGCGAUCGACCCGUCCUCCCUAAUGUGACGUGACGGAGUCUGGGCGACUAAACUGCAUCGUGGAUUGUGAAUAAUGAACCAAAGACAUUUGAGAUUUGCAUCACAGCCUAAAAUAACUCGUUCACGUAUGAGCCAUGCACAUGAACCGUGAGUGGACUGAUGGAAAUGUCAAGUCUGUCUUAUAUGCAAUCACAUAAGAAUCACAUCCCGCUUAGUUUUCCUCCAGACUGCAGGGAGCAACUAGUACUGCUAACUAGUACUACUAACUGGUAAUACAUGUUAGGACUGGAUUGAAACUCCAAGGCAAUUAGAAUAAACUGAAUUAUAUAUA